CACGAGACUGAGCUGCAGCGGCGCGCGUUCCUCUGUCUCUCACCUGUCCAGUGGCACCUGUCCCGUGACACCUGCGCUGUUUACACCUGUCCAGUGACACCUGUCAGAUGUUGGCGCGAGUCGUGCUGUGCGCGGGGCUGCUGUGCGCGCUGUGGCGCACGGGACGCACAGAGACCGAGAGGGACGAGAGAGACGCACUGGACCUGCGCUACAACAACAGACUGUUGGGAGACCUGCAGGAGGUGCUGGAGAAGCUGCAGACGAAGAGGAUCAACCCCUGGGAGAAGAAGUACGGGCAGGUCCCCUCUUGUGACUUGGGGGAGCACUGCGCGGUGCGUAAAGGCGCUCGGAUCGGCCGCAUGUGUGACUGUCCGCAGGGAGCCUUCUGCAACUUCUUCCUCCUCAAGUGUCUAUGAUCUAGAGCCCCCCAGAGUCUAUUUUCAAACCUGUAUCA